CACAAUUUAGUUUGAAAAGCCGGCCGCUUGAGAGCGGGUCCUGAGCGAAUUAGUCGUGCUAAGCCGGCGCGUGGAGGCUUUGUAUUGUGGUGCGGGACUCGCCGGGACUGCAAAGGCCUAAAGGGCCGAACCCAGGCCAUGGGGCCGGGAACGAUUAUUUAUUUAUUGGCAUCGUUAGCUUUAGUGCUAGCUAGCGAGCAAGCUGCAAGUGAAACUAAUACGAACAGUACGAAAACGUCGGCAUCAGUCGGGCGGAAUGGCCGGCAAUACUACGGCCCCGUCGACCAGGGCAACAACGAGGUAGUCGUCGAUAUCGAGGACGACGAGAAGACGCAGUACUAUGAAACCAAUUAUGAUACUAGUGCAUACGGUUUUGGUUACGACGUGGGCCCGAACGGGCAAUUCCACCACGAGAACCGCGGUCCAGACGGCGUCACAUACGGCUGCUAUGGCUACGUGGACCCGGAUGGCGUACUGCGCGCCACGCACUACGUUGCCGACAGCCAUGGCUACCGCGUCAUCGAGCCCGAGAAACCUGUCGAGGUGUUCCCGGACGAGAAACACGAGUAUGACGAAAACUCUGUGGACAACAAACCGAUCAAAGGCCAGAUAAUUCCGUACGACAAGUUGUACUUCCCGAAGGGAUGCGGCCGCACGCCCGGCGGUGUUCCGGCCAAGCCGAUACCGGUGCCCCCCCGCCCUCCGAAACCGCCCACCGACAGCACUGGUGGGGCCAGCCACCCUAUACCCUCUAGACCUGGUGGUUCCGGCGGAUACUACCCAGGCCAACCGGGCGCUCCCGGCGCUCCAGGCGCUCCAGGCGCUCCAGGCAGUCCUGGUAAGCACUUUGUUAAAUAUAAAUCCUUGCUGAUUGUAGAAAUGGUAAAUUAACUGUAAUGUAUGUUAUCUCUUUUUAGUGCUAUUAUCCCCCCCCCCCCCCGUGUA